GUAUAUAGGUUAUUAGAGAGAGAGAGAGAGAGAGAGAGAGAGAGAGAGAGGAGAGAUGGAUCCAGACGCGUUGGCAAAGGCAUUUGUGGAGCACUACUACAGCACCUUCGACGGCAACCGUGGUGGAUUGGCGAAUCUCUACCAGGAAGGUUCUAUGCUCACAUUCGAGGGUCAGAAGAUCCAAGGUUCUCCCAGCAUCGUCGCCAAGCUCACUUCCCUUCCUUUUCAGCAGUGCCACCACUCCAUCACCACCGUCGACUGCCAACCCUCCGGCAUCAACGGCGGCAUGCUCGUCUUCGUCAGCGGUAACCUCCAGCUCGCCGGCGAGCAGCACGCCCUCAAGUUCAGCCAGAUGUUUCAUUUGAUACCGACACCACAGGGCAGCUAUUAUGUGUUGAAUGACAUAUUCCGUUUGAACUAUGCAUGAAGAUAGAUUGUCGAAUUUAUGACCUGAAAGGCCAUAGAAGGAGUUUGCCUAUAGCUGUUUCAGAUUGGACAUUGGAAAAUGAAAAUGGGUUCUUGUUGGUUGGUUGUGUUGAACGCUUGAUUGUGCCUAUCAUGUUUAGAAUUUUCUGUUGUGAUUGGUUAAAUUUAAAACGUCUUCAAGGAUAAAUUGUCAAAAGAUUACCCGGUGUCGAAAGUUAAAAACCGUAAUACAUUUCUGAUGUAAGAUGUCUCGAUCCAGUUUACCUCUUAACAAAUUGGAUUAUGCAUGUUGUCGUUAUGUUUUUUGUAUUUACUUGCCAAAUUGGUUUGUUUUCUUCUAUGCUGCACAAAAACGAGAUUUCUUUUCUCUCAGUA